AUGCAUGUUAAACUGGGCUCAGUGGCUGUCAGGACUGCAGUAUACUUACCAAAUUCUUUCCAGCGCCAUGAUCAUUCAUACGCAAGCACGCCUUCAAAUGAAUCACCCCCAAUGACUCCACAGACUUUCACAGGGUCUGAGAGUAUAGAUGGGGGGAAUGAUAAUGCAGACAAGAUUCGUGAAUUAGAGAAGAUCGAGAGGCAAUUGGCAAUGCAGUAUGGAUAUCCUGAGAACUAUGAUCCUACCAACGUCCUUAGGAGGGCUAGAGACUCGCCUGGCACACUGAGGCAUAUGAACAAUCUCUAUGAUAUGGAAUACAAGACUGCUGAAGUCAAGGGAGUAAAUGAGAUCCUAUCUCAAUCCUAUCUUGGUCCAUCAUCUGGCUCCUCACUCAUCAAUUUAGGUGGUGGACAUGGCCUGCAUCUUUUCACGUAUCCCAACUCGUUCAUACUAUCCCAGCUUUCGAACAGAUCAAUGCCAAGUCCAUGGGCAACUAACCAACAAGAGAAUGUCUAUCACGAUAUUUGCCUCCUGGUGAACAACCAGAAGGAUGAGUCCAUCAAAACCUACACCAAUGCCCUUUGUAUUUUGGAUGGCAUCGCUUUUCAUAUUCGCUCGGUGCUUUGCCUUCAUGGUGAAAACUUUCAUUUGUAA